GAUAAGGGAGAAAGAAGCAGGUUUGAUGGUGUAAUUGAGGGAAAAGGGUAAAAGGGUCCCUAUCGCCUUUUUUUAAGGCUUGCCAUUCCUUAAUAUGGGAACAGACCCCGUUAAGUGCGAGUGAUGGUUCAUAACAUUUGGCUCCGAAAGUCCGGCCAACAAUCCGAUUCUCUCUCUCCUCUCUGUUGUAACACAGGAUUGGCUAAGCCAAGCUAUAUUUCGCUUUCUUCUUUGUUUCCAGAGCCUCCACCUCACCUCUAUCAGGCGAAGAUUAGCCAUAAUAAUAAAGAAAUGAGCAAGGUAUAAAGCGAAGCGGCGCUGGUAUUGGUACUAGAGCAGAGGCGGUGAAAUCGUUUAAAGGAUUGGGUGCAGAGGAUCUAUGUCUCCUCCUCUAAUGGCUGCCCGAUCUUUAGUGGAAUGGGCCUUGAUUGAUUAGAGAGAGUAGGAGGGCAGCGUAGUAAAGAAGAGGAAGAGGAGGAUCUGGUUGGGGAAGGGAAGGGGUGAGAUGAUGAGCGGCGGGGGGGCAUCGGCGUCGGCGGAGGGAGGUGGAGGGGAGGAAGCGUCCCUAUCAUCAGCAACCAGUCCUCCUCCUUGUCUGGAAUGGAAAUUCUCGCAAGUAUUCGGUGAGCGUGCAGCUGGAGAAGACGUUCAAGAGGUUGAUAUCAUCUCAGCAAUUGAGUUUGAUAAGACAGGUGAACAUCUAGCUACUGGAGAUCGUGGUGGCCGUGUUGUACUUUUUGAGAGAACAGAUGGAAAAGAUUUACAUUCUCGAAAAGAGCUGGAGCGAAUGGAUUACCCUGUUACAAGGCAUCCUGAAUUUCGUUACAAGACAGAAUUUCAAAGCCAUGAGCCUGAGUUUGACUAUUUAAAGAGUUUGGAAAUAGAGGAGAAGAUAAAUAAGAUAAGGUGGUGCCCGCCAGCUAAUGGUGCUCUGUUCCUUCUUUCAACUAAUGACAAAACUGUCAAGUUCUGGAAGGUUCAGGAAAAGAAGAUAAAAAAAUUACUGGAUAUAAAUGUAGAAUCACUAGGACAUCGAGAAAAUGGAAGUACAAGUGCAGAGAGCUCUGUUAUUAGCCCCAAGUCAUAUUCAACAUGUUCCUCAAAUGGGGGUCUGUCAGAUCAGACUAGUAGUUAUUCGUGCAAUGACUUUGCAUUUCCUCCAGGAGGCAUUCCUUCACUUCGUUUGCCUGUGGUGACAAGCACUGAAUCGAGUCUGGUUGCCAGGUGUCGGAGAGUAUAUGCCCAUGCCCAUGAUUAUCAUAUAAAUUCCAUUUCAAACAACAGUGACGGAGAAACUUUUAUAUCAGCAGAUGACCUAAGGGUUAACUUAUGGAACUUGGAAAUAAGUGAUCAAAGCUUCAAUAUUGUUGACGUGAAGCCAGCCAACAUGGAAGACCUUACUGAGGUUAUAACAUCAGCAGAAUUUCAUCCUAGUCACUGCAAUAUGUUGGCAUACAGUAGCUCUAAGGGGACGAUUCGCCUAAUUGACAUGCGGCAAUCAGCUUUGUGUGACAAUCAUGCAAAAUUAUUUGAGGAGCAAGAAGCACCUGGCACAAGGUCAUUUUUUACAGAGAUAAUAGCUUCAAUCUCUGACAUUAAGUUUGGAAAGGAUGGCAGAUAUAUCCUUUGCCGUGAUUAUAUGACUCUCAAGCUCUGGGAUAUAAACAUGGAGUCUCGUCCAGUUGCAACAUUUAAAGUCCACGAGCACCUACGGCCCAAGUUAUGUGAUUUAUAUGAGAAUGAUUCAAUUUUUGAUAAAUUUGAGUGCUGUCUAAGUGGAGAUGGGCUUCGUGUGGCGACAGGCUCAUACAGCAAUCUGUUUCGAGUUUUUGGCUGUGUUCCUGGCAGUGAUGAGGCAACCAUGUUGGAAGCUAGCAAAAGUCCUAACAGAAGGCGGAAUAUGCAGGCCUCUUCUAAACCUUCAAGAUCGCUUACCAGUCUCACCCGUGUGCGUACACGACGAGGUAAUGAGAGCCCAGGGAGCGAGAUGAAUGGAGGUGCUUAUGACUUUAGUACUAAGCUGCUUCAUUUGGCAUGGCAUCCAACCGCAAAUGUUAUUGCCUGUGCUGCUUCAAAUAGCUUGUACAUGUACUAUGCCUAAGGUUAAACAAUCAUUUCAAAGUUUUUAAAGAAAAAGGUAAUUUUUUUCCUUCUCCACUAUUUGUGGAGCAGCUCCAGCAAAACUCCAGGGUCGAUGCAACAUGUUAUAUGCAGGAACUUUGUUAUUUGAGCCGAUGGACAUAGCUGAUAAGCUGAUAGCUCAUAGGUUGUUCAUAUACUGAUUCCCAAGCUAUAAUGGUUGUCAGAGCCCUUUUAUCAAGAAGUGCAUGUCUUCUCUGUCACGGCAAGAGGCAUAUAUCUGAUAAUCAGUCUCAAUGUAGCUUCUUUCAGAAUGGGUGCAAUUUUAAUAUUAAAUAGCAUUUCGAACAUGAGCUGAGAAUGUAUCUUGCUAAGUAUCAAUAUGUAUAUCAGUAGUAGCUUGAGCAGAUGAUGUCCAAAUUACCUUGCUGUCAUAGAGAGGAAUAACCAGCUGGUCUGACAACAUUUAAAACCUCUGAGCCCUACCAUUAUACUGGUUACCAUGUUCACAGGUUUGAGGAUGGAUUUUAAGUUUUCACUUGGGGUUUUCAAAGGAUUGACAGGUCUCAAUGGCACACUUUCAGCAGCUUUUCCAAAUGUUGCAACUUUUAGCUAAGAUCCAUGCAGAAUUAUGUCUACCAAAUUUUUUAAUUGAUUUUUAACAAAGCGAUCGAUUCCUGUAACUAAAAACACUGAAGUUACUCCUCUUCGAGAGGAAUUUGGUCCUAAAUUUAUGUCUUUUUUUGUUUCUUUUUUCCAUUUAAUUCAUUUAAUGUUAUUGAA